CCUCCGUCAUCCCUACUGCUCCACAAUAAUGCGCUAUUUUUCUACUUUUAUACCGCUGGGCUUCCAGUCGGAGCAGCCGAGGAGGAGUCUCCUCCCGCGGGUUUAACGCGCCGGAGAGCAAUGACUUCCCAGUGUUACUCGGUGGCGAUGGAUCUCGGCGUUUGUCAACUGAGGAAUUUCUCCAUCGCGUUCCUGUCCUCCGUGCUCGGGAAGGAGCGCGCGUCCGUGCGGCUCGACGAUAGCUCCUCCGGUGCCAGUGUGGUGGCCAUCGACAACAAGAUUGAACAAGCCAUGGACCUGGUGAAGAGCCACCUCAUGUACGCGGUGCGCGAGGAGGUGGAGGUGCUGAAGGAGCAGAUCAAAGAGCUGAUCGAGCGCAACGCCCAGCUGGAGCAGGAGAACAACCUGCUGAAGAACCUGGCCAGCCCCGAGCAGAUGGCUCAGUUCCAGGCGCAGGUCCAGACCGGCGGCUCCCCGACCGGCGCCGCCCCCCAGCCUCCGGUCCCGGGCCCGGCCGGGACCCCGCAGGUCCUCCCGCCCGCACAGAGCUCCGGCCCGUCUGCGUAACGCGGAAACUUUCACUCUGGAGAAACCCCUGAGGGAGGAAGAGGAAGAGGAGGAGGAGGAGGAGGAAGGAGUCUUGCCAUACUGUGAACUGACUCUAGCAUCAUGACCGACUUUGCCCCUGAGCAAGGCACACUUUACACCGGAGGACGAACUUUUCCUUUGUUGCACAUUUUAAUUUUACUGAAAGACUUCGGAGUUGCACCGAUGACCCGCUUCAGACGGUCGCCGUCCAGCGGAGAGCUGAACACAGGAAGGGGAGGAGCCUAACCCUUCGCCGUGCGACCUGUGGAAAGCGUGCCAUCCUCUCUGCUGCCGUUCUCAACCCAGCACUGUCCCGCCAGCACCUGACGUUCUAUCUUUUCUUUUCUUCAUCUUGUUCUUCAUGCACUUAUUUUCUUUUUCUCCUCUUUUUAUUUCAAACGACUUAAAAAAAACGUCAAACGAGACACGAGAGAUAUGCGCGGCCCGUCUGGAAUGGGAGGCGAGAGCCGCGUUUCUUUCUUCGCCCGAAGACGACGAUGUUGAGAGGGGCUCGAAAAUAAUUAUGAGAUGUGUAUAGAGAUAUAAAAGUAUCUACACUAUCUAUACGCCUCGUCACUUGAAGACCUCUCUGACCUCGCCGCCUCCUCCCCAUUCAACAUGUAUGCAGGGAAUCAACGUUAUUAUGUGUUCUUCUUUUUCUAGGGAAAUGUUUUUGUUUUAUUUGUCCCGUUUAUGUUUCUCUUGUUGAUGUAAUUUAAUGUCUGAGUGAUGUGUAAAAAAAGUAAUUAAUGGAUCAGGAAAAAAAGAAAGCAGGACGUGUUUCUAGGUUUGUACAGAUUAAAAAGAAAUUCCACUUAAUUCUGCCAAGUGCCUGGUUCCUAACCAUAGAUACAUAUAUAUACGCUCUUUUUGUGGUUGUUUUAUUCUCAAUAUGUAUAUACAUGUACAUAUAUAUAUAUCUAUGGUUUUGCCAGGUGUUGAACUAGCGGUGAUGUCAUAACUCAGGGCGACACCAGGAUGCCGUCAGUCUGAACUCUCGGCCGACGUCGCCUCACGUCAAACUAUCUGACUGCUGUACCGUUUUGGGGGGGGGGGAGACGUGCUACUUUUGUUUAUUUUUUAUGAAUGACGAUGGUUUUUUCUUUUCUUUGCAACUGGAGCGCCGAACACAACGACGAGCGAAAUGGCGGGAAAAGAAAUGAAAGGAAAAUGCCUAGCGGAAGGAUGUUGAUGUCGUGCAUGUUCCUCAGCCCAUCACGAAUGUGACGUUACAAUCGCACUAGACAGUCGCACCUCAAAUAAAAAAUGAAAACAAAA